CAACACGACUUGCGCAUUGACUCGUGGGUCGCGUCAGCCAAGUCGCGCACCGAGAAGAAGCCGGUCGAUUCCUCUCCCCGGCGGAUGCCUUCGCCGCGACGAAAAGCGAAGCUGCGAACUUGCCACGAAGCCGCACGCGUUGGUCUCGAUCUGCCCUGCUCGUAACAUCCGCCGCGGAGGAGCACAAGACACGGCAGCGCGCGCGGGCACCGGCCGUCUGCUGUCCAGCCAUGCACUCCGGCGACGCGUCGACCAGCGAUGACCUGCGGGCGCGCCGGCAGCCGUCGAGGCGCCGGCUGCGGAGCCGCGUGAACGCCGUCCGGGCGGCGCCGCUCUCCGACGUGCUGCGCGAGCACGCCCUGGUGCACCUCCCGCCGGCGGCCGCCGCGCGCCUCCGCCUCGUGCACCCGUCCUGGGAGCGCCGGCUCGCGUCCCCGCUCUUCGCUGUGGCGCACGCGGCCGCCCCUCGCCGGAUGUCGGGGAUCUUCGUCCCCUCGGUCGGGUUCCUCCCGUUCGACGGGUCCGACGAUGCUGUGCCGUCCCCGACGCUCGCCUUCGCCCCGGCCUCGGAGGAGGUCACCGUGCUUUCGUCGUCGCACGGGGUCGCGUGCUGCUACUCGCCCGCCGACGACGCCUUCUUCGUGUGCAACCCGGCCACCGCGUCCUGGGCGCCCGUCCCGCCCCCGCCGUGCCGGACCUGGCCGCGCCCCACGAUCGUCGUCCUCUUCGACGCGACGCCGUACAAUUUCCGCGGCGACUACGCGCUCGUCUGCGCCGCCGAGUGCGCGCCGGGCUCCGGCGCAUACUGCUUCCUGGUGUUCACGUCCGGGACGGGCGCGUGGCGGGCCACCGACGCGGUCGUGCCAGCCGAAGGGCUCGUCGCUGCGUCGGGCGUGGCGGCCGGCCAGACGGCGUGGUGGCGGACGAGCGUCGGCACUGCGGUCGGGUACAGCCUGCUGACCGGGCGCGUCGAGAUGGUGCUCUGCCCCGGCGACAGCGGCAUGUGGGAGAUCGGCUCGGCUGCGGGCAAGCUCCACUGCGCCGUGCGUGAUGGCAACAGCGUCGCCGUGUUCCGGCUUCACGAGGAUGGGAGCUGGGAGGAGGCCGGCUUGAGAGUGUCUGUCGCGGAGCUGCUGCCACGUCGGCGCCUAAAGCUCCCGGGGCACGAGAACGACGACGCGAGCGGGCAUGAGCUGGUCGCUCAGUCUUCCUUCAUCGUGGAGAGGGCGGUGGUGCGGCUGGACGACGGCGUGCGGCUCCUGGGGUUCCAGGGCGCGGAGCUGGAGGUGGUGGCGCUGGCCGGCAGGCGGCUGGUGGCGUUCGACGUGGGGACGCGGCGGCGGCGCGAGGUCAGGGUGCCGGUGGCUGAAGAGGAGGAAGAAGAAGAGGAAGAGGAGGAGAAACCGUGGGACGGCGCGGAGUACACCGCGCACACCAACACGCUCGCGCUGGUGGCGCCCGCCGUGCUCGCGGGCGAGCCGAUAAUCGUGGAGGAGGAGCGACCGGACGCCGGAGAGGUCGCGUUUUCUUGACUGGAUUUUGGUUGCACGGAAAAAGGUCAUUUUAAACCUUGAAUUUGUAAUGAACGGGUGGAAUGAACCCCAAGUCGAAAUUCCGGUCGAUCGUCUCUCGAAUUAUGUAAUCCUGAUCGGCCGUCCACUUUAGUUUUUUUUUUUCAUUUAAAA